AUGCAAUGCGAUGCACGCGGCCUAGGGGAUUCCAGCAGCUCCUUUGCUUCUGGCUGCAAGCAAAGUUGCACGGUGGCUUCCUGUUGCCGCUUUGCAGGCUGUAGCGAUGGCGCGGAUGCUGGGGACGAGGAUGAGAGUGAGACAGGUUUCAGGGUCUGCUCUGUGUCUUCGGAUGUCCCCGCCUUGCUGCGGAGCCUCUAUGAAGCCCGCCGCUCAAGCGGAGAGGUGUCCUUCCUGCAUGAAGAUGGUCGUGAGGUGGAGACGGCUCACCUCUCGGUCUUGCAACUGCAAAGUCCAGUGCUGAAAGCCAUGCUAUGCUCUCAGUGGAAAGAGGCUUCGACGCACCAGGUGAAGCUCCAGGAGGAUUUCGCGGAAGUGUUUCCCUUGGUACUGCGCUUUUGGUAUGGCCUUCCAGUCCUUGUGGAAACUUUUGAAGUGGCGGUCGACCUGCGCCGUGUAGCGCAGUACUACGAGGCCCAUGAACUGAAAGUCUUCAGCGCGGAGCUCAUCGCUGAUGCCAGGCCUACUGCGCCGCGCAUGGCCUCGGUGGUUGAGAAGUUGAGCUUUGAAGAAGACUUGUUGGAAAGAGCCUGGGCAUAUCUCGAGGCACAUCCGCGCGAGCUCUUCUCCUCAUCUGCCUGGCUCAGGUUGUCAUUGAGCACGCUGGCAGAUUUCCUGAGGCGUGACGAGAUCCAGUGCCGUGAGCCCGUGAUUUUGAGGGCUCUUGGACGCUGGGCACGUGCCAGGCUGGAAGAACCAGCAGGAGCUGCUGUCCGGGCCAUGGGGUGA